AUGUCGACCAAGCCCACUCUCGCGCAGGUGCAGGCGCUCUACAACGCGACGCGCCAGGCGUCGCAGCGCUACGCCUCGUACAACUUUCGCAAGUACUUUUUGCAACACACGGACGAGACCUUUGCGCCGGCCCUGGCGCUGCUCGGCGACAAGACGACGACCCCGCCUGACGCUCUCAAGGCGGCAGGCGCUGCAGCGCAGGCGGCGCAGAACGGGUAUGGCGCUCCCCACCACCUGCCGGAUCUUGUGAACGACAAUGGCGUCCUCAAGGAAGAUAAGCUCGAGAGCUGGUGGAAGCUCGCCCAGAGCGAGUUUGGCCCGAUCGAACGCCAGGGACAGAUCAGCGAGAUGUACAAGGGCACGCAGAGGCUCGUCGUAGAGAACGAGUAG